ACCUCUCUGUAUCUGGUGUUGACGCAUCGCAUCUUGCUCAAUCGUUCGUCCAUAAUCAAAUUAUUGCCUCAGUUUCAUUCAUAACUUCGUGUAAAAAAAAUGAAAAAUAGUACACAUUUAAAACACGUGUAAAAACAAGAGGUCUAAUCAGGGACAGGCGCGAGGGAUUGUAACAGAAGAUUCUACCUGUCUGCCAGUGAUUAUAUACCGAGCCGUGAAUGUAUGUUUGAAAUUACAGAAAAUAUAUUUUAAGGAGGGAUUUGACAACUGAAAUUCAUUACACUGACAUUUUCGAGGAAAGCUUGAACGUGAAAUAUUCUUGAGGAACAAACAUAUUGGAAGAUGGAGUUUUAUUUCGCGGGUUUCUUGAUUUAUAACUGCUAUUAAUUAACAAAAAAUUAAUUCCAAAUUAUCGAGGGUAGAAACUGGGAGAGAUAGAAUAUCGCUGCUUGUGUUUCAAAUGCACAGUUAUACAUCCUCGCCAACAUGUGUCUGUUUGGAAAAUCAAGGAACCACACAUUUAAAGGCAGGCUAGCAAUGCUUUUGCAAACAAGGAAAAAUGCGAAUGACACUUGAAAUCUAGAAUUCAAACUACGGAUUAUAUAAAUAGAUAAGUAUUAAAACAUGGGACAGGAAAUUUCAAUGGACGAUUAUGAAAGUGACAGUUCGCUUCAGAGCAUACUUCAAUACCAGGUACAGGGAGACGUGGUGAAGAUCCAGAUAGAGCAUCUCGCGGAGAAGUGGGUCCUACGAGCUUGUGUGGCAGAGAGGCGAGCGGCACCCUACGGACGUCUGAGGUCGGAGUGUGGAGAACCGUUGAUUCAAAAGCGGGAAGAGAAGCAUGUCAUCAACAAUCUAAAAUAUCGUGAUGGUUUUCCCGUUCCAUCCACAACUGAUGAUUUGAACACCUUUGAUCAGGAAGUCUUUGAGAGCUGCACAAAGACAGUCGAAGUUCCCUUGAAACCCAAAAACCAUCGAAUCGUAUCCCUACCCAAUCUGAGCCACAUCAGGUCAAGGUUGUCCAGCAUCCAGCUGACCUCAAAACUUCAUCUUCAAGCACCUUCUAAACCAAAGUUCCUUGACAAAUUCUUCACCAAUGUGGGCCUUAGCAAGAAGCUUCAAGGUCGAACCAGAAAUGGUCUGGUAAUUCAGACAAUCACCACAGGAACGGGGGACAUAGAAAACCCAGAGGAGGAUCUAACGAUUGCAAGGGAGUGUGACUUACUCGGAACAGUCAGUGAACCUCCGACAGAAGCGAGCUCUCCUUGCGAGGAAGUUCCGGAGAAAACCACGCAAUCAACACCAAAUUCGCCCAAACUUUCGGGCAUUGUUCGUAGGCGGCUUUUAGAAUACCAGCAAAUAGGGACCGGAAAUAGGGGGCCAAGAUUACGAUCUGCAUCGACGCCUUCAUCGCCAUCAUUCAAAAGGAAAGGAUUUGUACACUUAAACCAUCAAACAUCCAGUAACUCAAACGGUGAAAGCUCUCUAACUGUUCUGUGUUCAGGGUUGUCAAGAAAUGAACAGUUUCGCCAAACGGUCAUGUCUAAAGGUUUUGUGAAAGCCCUUGUGGACCAAUACGAUGGUCAAUCUCAUGAGAAGGAUGGCAAGGAAAAGACAAAGGAUGCACCCAAAACCGAAAAUCCAGAAUGCGAAACACCGGUAGAAAAAACUAUUCUGGAAAUUCCAAAUGUGAAGCCCUCAGAUGUUGUGAAAACUCAGCAUUCUCCAAGGCUAAGUAGAAAAGAUGUGGAGAAAUUUGUGAAAAGUUCCCCUUCUGUUCAGAAGAAACCAUCCCUUCUCAUUCAUUCUGAUCAUUCAAACUGUUCAUCAGGGACAAACAGUCCUGCGCUCUCUCCCACACCCAAAAAGCAUGUGUUCAACAGUAAUCGGUGUUCAAGCUCUUCACAUAAAAGCAGCUCGUCAGACAAUGACAUCGUAGUGACCUCUUCCCCUCGAAGUUCCCGCAAAAACAAGGAACUCGCUCCAAAGGAGCAGCAGGUGGUUGAUGCGUUCGAAAACGUUACGACUGAAGAGAAUGGAAGUAAGAGUGAUAUAAGCAAUAGCGUGAAGUCGCUGAGUUCUGGUUGUUAUAGUAACGGGGUGUCAUCUGUUGGUCAGGAGGAAGGGGAGACAACUGGGGAGGGAGUCAAGGUUAACCUUGACCCAGCAAAACUGUUUGACUCUAGUUGGUCGGAUUCCGAUGUGGGCAGCUUCAGUGACUUUGACAGUGACCUUGAAGAGGAGCAUCAAGAGAAGGUUAAGGAGGAUCCAAACUGUGUUGGGCAGUGUAAAUUAAAGAAGAUUGCGUCAGAGCUCUUACAGACCGAAACAGCUUAUACGAAAAGGCUACAGCUUCUGGACGAGACUUUCCAAAAGAAGUUACACGAGGAGAAUGACAGCCAGAAAUUUCUGCCGACGGACGUGAUACCACAGAUUUUCUCCAACAUUACCAGUAUCCACCAUUUCCACAAAGACUUCCUUCUGCCUCAGCUUACAAAACGCAUGGAAGUCUGGGAUGCCCAGCCUCGAAUAGGAGACUUGAUGAAAACAAACGCCCCUUUCCUGAAAUUGUAUACAGAAUAUGUACGCAACUUUGACCAUGCCAUGAACCUCAUUAAUACUUGGAUGGAAAAGUCGCCCAAGUUCUCCUGUCUUAUCAAAGAAAUCCAGAUCCUUCCAGAAUGUGGAAAGUUGACUCUUCAGCAUCACAUGUUGGAGCCCAUUCAGAGAAUUCCUAGAUACCAACUUCUACUUAAGGAUUACAUUAAACAUUUACCCGAAGGCUCGCCGGAUAUCCAAGAUGCUAAAGCUGCUUUAGAAAAAGUAGAAAUUGCAGCCAAACACUCAGAGGAGGCCAUGAGAAAAAUUGAAAAAUUUCACAAGCUUCUUGAGAUCAAAGAAAAAGUUGCCACCACCAUUGACCUAAUUAGCCCCACCCGAGAAUUGGUGAGGGAAGGGAAAAUCAAGAAGAUCUCAGCCCGGGGCGGAGAACGACUGGACAGAUAUCUCUUCUUGUUCAACGAUCUGCUUUUGAUCUGUGGAGAGGUACUGCUGGGUAAUUACAAACUGAAGGCGGAGUUGACCAUCGACGGUUUGGAGAUAGAGGACAAUAUUACUCAUGCUGACUGGAUACUCGAAGGGGAAAAUAUUGACAUUCCAAACACAUUUUACGUCAAAAGCCGACACAAAAUCAUCCAGUUCUUAGACGAAAAUCCUGGUGAAGAAAGUAGUUGGUGCGAGAGUAUCAAAAAUGUGAUCAAAGAUUAUAAAGUAAGAAAACCUUCAGUACGAGCAGGGGAGUUACCACCAUGCAAUGGAGGAGAGGUGUCGGAAAACGAUCUCGGCAAUGUGGCCCCACACUGGAUCAAGGACGAUGAGGUCUCGAUGUGUCAGCUGUGCAGCAAAUCAUUUACAGCGUUAAAACGGCGGCACCAUUGUCGUGCAUGUGGAAGGGUUGUAUGCGGAAAGUGUUCAUCAAAAAAGAGUAAUUUAGCGUAUGACAACAACAAGCCAAAUCGGGUCUGUGAUAAAUGUUUCGUCAUCCUGAAAAACGUGGAUGGAAAGGUGGUGGACCAGAAAGUUCCUAAAGGGGUCAAAUUGAUGAAUGCUAAUGACCCCUCUAUUCUCUCUGGGUACCUCCAGAAGAGCAUGGAUCGAGGCAAGACUUGGAACAAGAGAUGGUUUGUCAUUACCAAGGAGUUUGCCAUGUACGAAUUUAAGGCUCACCAUGAUAUCUAUGCCAUAGCAACCCUACCAUUACCUGGUUACCAAGUAAUAUUUCCUGUGGACAACAUCGAGAAUGUCUUUUGUUUGAGUCACCAGCAGAAACUUCCUCCCACUUAUCUACAGUCCGAGUGUACUGCAAGCAGAGACAGAUGGUUGAAUGUACUAAAAAAGAUGGUAAACUUGGAGCUUCCCGAGGAAUCGAACCGAAACUCCACUCAUUCCUCCGAGAGUUCCGGAAGCCAGAACGCAGAAGAUGGCUGUGACAAGACGUCCUAGUUGAAUUAGCUGCACAAUACAUGAAACUCAAACUAGAGAGCACAACUGAACUAACUUAUAACAUGGAAGUCAGUUUCCUCUAUGGUGAAAACAUCUCAUAAGCUGUAACAUAGUGGAUAAACUCUGAUUAUGUGAAAGUCGACUUUUUGUGCAUAUCAAAUGAAAGUUGGUGACCACUACUUUAUCUGAGAGUUAGCUCUAGUGAGCACAUCAACCUGAAUUUUAGUGGAUAACCACUAAAAUCUAGAAAGUCAGGUCUAGAUAAUGCAUCAACUGAGACCGAUGGUGGCCAUUUAUAACAGAAAAGUCAGCUUAAAAGAGUGUCACAACAGCAAUAUAUUGGAUAGCAAAUCGUAUCAUAAGAUCAUUGAAUCAUCAUUCAUUAUGAACUUUGAACAAGAAAAGUAUAUAUCUAUAUAUGCAAUAGAUUCAUUCUGGUUUGUUGUAAAUAAAAAGCAAUUUAUCCAUAACUGAUUAAUUAACAGACAAUCUAAUGUCAGAUGAGAAAUUUUGCACAUUUUGUAAUUUGCCAUAAUAUGUGAUGUUUCUUUUUUAUAUAUAUAUUUUUUUUUCAAUUUUCUGAUACAUGUAACAGGAACAACUUGGAUAUGGGGGGUGGGGGUAUAGAUGGAUAUUGUUUGCUAAUUGGUUAUCUCAAGGCUUGAAGAGAUAGAAAUGUGAUAUAAAGGAGUUUGAAAAUGUAUCCUUUAAAAGGAUGCAUUUAUAA